AUGCCAAGAGGUCGAGGACGACAUCAUGAUCGAGAAAUAAUAAUAGAAAAAGGAAUGGUUUCGAACCAAAAUUCUGCGGGGAUAUGGUCCGGAAAACGCUUGAGAAGAGGACGUGGGAGAAUAUCUAAGAAAGGAGAAACAUUAUCAAGCCCCGUAUUUUCAGGAUCAUCAGUUUUUAGGGAAAAUUAUCUUGUUGAAAAUUCUAUGGAAGGUCUAGGGUCUAGUAAAAAUGCUUAUAUUUUAUAUGGAUCGAAGUAUAAAAAUAGUGAAGAAAAUACGUUGGUUGGAGAGCCUUUAAUAGAUACGAAUCAAACACGACAGGACAACAUGAAUGAAUUGGAAGCAAUUUCUGUUUUGGAUGGGUUUUCUAAUUCAGUAUCGGUAGUAGAUUCUUCAUAUAUUAAAAAGCCAAAAAACAAUAAUUCAGAUGAUGAUUUAUCAUCACUUAGUGAGCUUAAUGACUCGGAAGCCGAAACAGAAAGAAUUGAAGAUAUUGAUUCUUCUCUUGAAGUUCAUAUGAUAAAUAAGAAAUUAAUAGAGGAUCAAAAGAAUCCGGAUAUUAAUGAAUCGGAAUCAUCGCAACCAUUUACAUCAUUUAAUAAAAAAUAUAAGAAAGACAAGUCAGAAUUAUUUGGUCCGCCGGAAUUUUUAUCUUCAUCAUCUAAUGAAUAUGUUUCUAAAAAAGACUCAAAAUCUGAUGGAGAUGAUGAUAGCGUUCAUAGUAAAACUAUUCCAAGUCUUGAUAAUGAAAGUACAGUAGAAGAAGAAAUAAUGGAAAGUGUUUUCGGUGAUGAUGAUAUUAGUAUGAAUGUGGAUGAUGAGGUAGAUGAAAAAAAAGUUCAAAAGAGAAAGGACGCAAUUGCAGCUUUAACACAAAUUGAAAUACAAUUUGCUAAGCUUCGUGAUAAAUUAUAUGAGAAUCAAAUUAGCUGUUUAGAUAAGGAAGUAGACUUAGUAAAUAAAGGGAUUCAUCCUGAGUUAUCAAGUUUAAUGGAGAAGAUUGCUGAAAGACGAGAAAGGAAAUAUAAUAUUGCUGUUGCUUUUCGAGAUAUGUCAAUAAAGUUUAUUAAAGAUGAAUUUAUUGCUCAUCAAUAUGAAAUUCAAAAUAGUUUUUUGGAGUCUAAACGGAAAUUAAGGGAAAAAAUGCUUCAAAGAACAGGAGAAAAAUGUUUUCAAAUUUAUCAUGAGCGACGUCUUAUGGAAACAUUAGCACCGGAAUAUGGAUUUUCUAUCCCUACUAAGCGUUUAGUACAAUUAAAGAAUCGUAGAGCACAUGAAUUAGAAGUUAUGUUUUUAGUUGGUCUUAAAACAUAUAUUGGGUUUCCAGCUGCACCUGAAAUAAAAAAUGCAUCUAAGGAAGAAAUAAUGCAAGAUUUAUCAGAAAUGAAAGUUAAACGGGCACCAUUUGAUUCAUUUCGUAAUUUUAUUUUUCCUAAUUCUACUCUUCAAAAUACUUCAUCACAUAAUCAAGAAUCCCAAUUAAAAUCAUAUAAUAAUAAUCUUUUUUCUCAAUUUCUUUAUCAAAAAUCUUCUCAAAGUCGUCAAUAUUCGAAUUGUAUGACAUCUCAUUCUUUAUCUGAGUAUUCUUCUCUAAAACAGCAUUCUCUAAAUACAUAUCCACCUUAUAAUUCUGAUCGAAAUCAGCCAUCCUCGCAUGAUCAAUAUCAUUCGUCAUUUUGCAUGCAGCAUGAACAAGCAUCAGUGGAUAUGCAAUUAAUGGGUAAUAAGCCAUUUUGCCAAUUUCCACUUAGUCCUCGAUUAAAUCAAUCUUUGCAAUAUUUUGAGCCAUUACAAAAAAAAAAUGACUAUAUUGGAAUGAUUCUUCAUCAGUAA